AUGGGUUCCGUCGAGCGUCCUGAGCCUCUCCGUCUUGGAUCUGUCGCGCCCAACUUCAAGGCCGACACCACCAAGGGCCCCAUCGACUUUCAUGAGUUCAUCGGCAACAACUGGGUCGUGCUUUUCUCCCACCCCGAAGACUACACCCCUGUGUGCACCACUGAGCUUGGUGCCUUUGCUAAAUUGGAGCCCGAGUUCGCGAGAAGAGGCGUCAAGUUGAUCGGCUUGUCCGCCAACACUAUUGAGAGCCAUGGUGGCUGGAUCAAAGACAUCAACGAAAUCGCCGGUAGCGACCUCCAAUUCCCCAUCAUUGGAGACAAGCAGAGACAGGUGGCUUUGGCAUAUGACAUGCUCGACCACCAAGAUGCCACAAACGUCGAUUCCAAGGGCAUCGCUUUCACCAUCCGAUCCGUCUUUGUGAUCGACCCCAACAAGAAGAUCCGCACCAUCCUCUCAUACCCAGCAUCCACUGGCCGCAACAGCGCAGAGGUUCUCCGUAUUGUGGAUUCUCUCCAGACCGGUGACAAGUGGCGAGUCACCACCCCCAUCAACUGGGUUCCCGGUGACGACGUCAUUGUCGCACCCCCCGUCAAGACCGAGGAGGCUCAGAAGCUGUGGCCCGAUCUUAAGAUCAUCAAGCCAUACCUCCGAACCACCCCUCUUCCCAAGGAGAAGACCUCUGCUGCUUAG